GCGAGCGGCGAGCCGGCGCGCCGUGGCGGUGGCGGCGGGGGAGCCGACGGGCCCUGCCGGCUGGGUCCCCGCUGGGCGGCCCCGACAGAUUUAAGCCUCUCCGGAGUCUGGAGAAAAUGGCAGAGACAGCACCAGAGCGUUCUGGGCAGCUUGUCGUACACUGCGACACUCACAGUCACACUGUCCUGGCUAGCCUUGAGGAACAGAGGAAGAGAGGCUUUCUCUGUGAUAUUACUCUAAUCGUGGAGAACGUGCAUUUCCGAGCCCACAAAGCCUUACUUGCUGCCAGUAGCGAGUAUUUCUCAAUGAUGUUUGCGGAAGAGGGCGAGAUUGGCCAAUCUAUUUAUAUGUUGGAAGGCAUGGUUGCAGACACCUUUGGUAUUCUGCUGGAAUUUAUCUAUACGGGUUAUCUACAGGCCAGUGAGAAGACCACAGAACAGAUCCUGGCCACUGCUCAGUUCUUAAAAGUCUAUGAUCUGAUAAAGGCUUACACGGACUUCCAGACGAAGCAUAGCUCCCCCAAGCCGCCGGCUCUGAACGGCACUGGUACUCCAGUGGUUGUUAUUUCUAAUAAGAAGAAUGAUCCCCUAAAACGGAAGCGGGGAAGACCAAGAAAAGGCAGUAGUGUGCAGGAGGGGAAAUCGGAACUCGCUGCAGAGGAAGAAAUGCAGCUCAGAGUGAACAAUUCCGUUCAGAAUAGACAAAACUUUGUGGGUAAAGAGGGAGACGGUGUGGAGCUGAGUGCACAGAUCCCAAAGGAAAAGGCCUCUGAGCCCGCUGGUGAGCCGGGCAGAGUGGAGGAGAUGCUCGCUGAGAAAGAUGAGAACUAUGACCCCGAGGCGCGGGAUGGGCAGGAUAGCCUGAGUAGGUACAGCAAGCGGAGGAUUCGGAGGUCGGUCAAGCUUAAAGACUACAAACUCCUUGGAGACGAAGACGACCAGGGUUCAGCCCAGAGGAUAUGUGGAAAGAAGAAGCGUGCCAGCGGUCCAGGGGCCCGGUGUAAAGACUGUGGCAAAGUCUUCAAGUACAAUCACUUUUUAGCAAUCCACCAGAGACGCCACACUGGGGAACGGCCCUUCAAAUGUGGCGAGUGUGGAAAGAGCUUUGCCCAGAAGCACUCCUUGCAGGUCCACACCAGGAUGCAUACGGGGGAGCGGCCAUACACCUGUACCGUGUGCAGCAAGGCACUGACCACCAAGCACUCACUGCUGGAGCACAUGAGCCUGCACUCAGGGCAAAAGUCUUUCACCUGUGAUCAGUGUGGAAAAUAUUUCAGCCAGAAAAGACAGCUAAAGAGCCAUUACCGAGUCCAUACAGGCCACUCACUACCAGAAUGCAACCACUGCCAUCGAAAAUUCAUGGAUGUGUCUCAGCUAAAGAAACAUCUGCGAACGCACACAGGUGAGAAGCCGUUUACUUGUGAAAUCUGUGGGAAAUCUUUCACAGCGAAGAGUUCCCUUCAGACCCACAUCAGAAUCCACCGAGGAGAAAAGCCAUACUCCUGCAGCAUCUGUGGCAAGUCCUUCUCCGACUCCAGUGCCAAGAGGAGACACUGCAUCCUCCACACAGGCAAAAAGCCCUUCUCCUGCCCCGAGUGUAGCCUGCAGUUUGCUCGCUUAGACAAUCUGAAGGCUCACUUGAAAAUUCACAACAAAGAGAAGCACCCAGCGGAUUCCUGCAGCGUUUCCGGCAGCAAUGCUGACGAGGUCCGCAACAUUCUUCAGCUACAGCCGUACCAGCUCUCCACCUCAGGAGAGCAGGAGAUUCAGCUUCUUGUAACGGAUUCUGUGCAUAACAUUAACUUCCUGCCAGGCCCCAACCAGGGGGUCAGCCUGGUAGCUGCUGACAGCUCUCAGAACAUGGCCACAGACCCAGCUGCCAAUCUGGCCCUGCUCACACAGCAGCCUGAACAACUGCAGAGCCUGAUUCUUUCAGCUCAGCAGGAGCAGACAGAGCACAUUCAGAGCCUCAGUAUGAUCGGAAGCCAGAUGGAGUCCUCCCAGGCGGAGCCAGUGCACGUAAUCACCCUUUCCAAGGAAACGCUGGAGCAUCUGCACGCCCAGCAGCAAGGGCAAACCGAGGCGCUCCGGUUGGCAGCUGGUGCUGAUCCAGCUCAGCACCUGCAGCUGACCCGGGACCCUGAGCCACCCCUACCCACUCCACUAGGCCAGGAGCAGAGCUGACCCAUGGCUGACUCUUCCGCUGGACCCUUCUCCUGGGCCAGCAGUGACAGAGUGGUCCUUUCGGCCACCAUCUUACAGAUCCGUAAAGAUGUGUUAGCUAGCCAACAGCUUAUUUAUGAUGGGCUCCACUGGGGCAGAAUCUGUGUGUGGGCAUGAGUGCACGAUCUGUCUGAUCUAUGAUACCAAUUCCUACUUAGCACUGAAAUAUCGAUGAGGGGCUCCACUUUCGUCUACUACGUCUCUCAAAGGUAGACAGUUUUUCUUGGGGGCAUUGAUUUAGACUUUUCUGUAAGUGUUGAAUGUUCACGGCCAUAGAGUGUGAUCUUUAGAUCAAAAAGUCAUGCGUAGGUUGAAUCUUCAGGUAUGGUGGUUGGUUCCAUUCCGUUAUUUCUCUUAGGCAGGAUACUUGCCAGUCCAAAACAAGGCAGGACUGACUACCUGAUUACAUCGAUCAGGAGAUUUCCCCUCUAAUAGCUUUUCUGCCCUAAGAGCACCGCAUCUCUUGCAUUUUAUCUUUGUGUGGUACAGUGGGCUGAUCAUGUUGCACUAAAGGCAGAUUCAGACUCGAAAACCAUACUCAUGAUGCAGAGGCCAAAGUGUACUGUUUGUUUGUUUGUUUUUCAAGACAGCGUUUCUCUGUAUAAUAGCCCUGGCUGUCCUAGAACUUGCUGUAUAGACCAGGCUGGUCUUGAACUCACAGAGAUCUGCUUGCCUCUGCCUCUAAGUGCUGGGAUUAAAGGCGUGUGCCACCACCACCUGGCGCAAAGUAUACUUUUAAAAUUUCUGAGUUUAACUUUUCUGCAAAACAUGAAUUUAUACAUUUUUUUGAAAGAAACAGGCUGUUAAAUUUUUAAUUAAAAAAAAAUUUUUUUUUAAUUAAAAAGUCUCCACAAAGUAUGAAACUAAAUCAAGAUACUCAUUCCAAGUAAACCAAAUUUUGUCAGAUAUUGACUUGAUUUUCAUGAAAAAGGAUUCUUAAUUACUUGGAACUUAAAAUUUUUUCAAUAUAAGUCAUAAAUACACUACUGAAUUCUACUUGAUCUCAAAAUACUGAUUUGCAUGUUCAAUCUUAGAACUUCCUAGAGGUGGAAAUGUACACUAAUCUAUUCUUACAGUCUAGAUGAAAUUCCA